GCGACGAUGCUGCAAUAUAAAACUCAAGUGCCAGACAUAAGUUAACGUUUAUUAGCAUUAUUGGAGCUAACCACAUAACGUUAUAUCUUUAAACAACUGUCCGCGAGUUGCUGCCCCUUGUUCAUUAUCCAGCCAUGCCUCUUCCAGACACAAUCUACUGUGCCCAGCAAAUCAACAUCCCUCCCGAGCUGCCAGACAUCCUCAAAAAUUUCUCUAAGGCAGCCAUUCGCACGCAGCCCAAGGAUCUGCUGCUGUGGUCUGCAGCAUACUUCAGUGCACUGUCUAAAGGAGAGUGUCUGCCUGUUAAGGACAGGCUGGAGAUGAAUGUUGCCACCCAGAAGACGGACACUGGGCUGACUCCAGGUCUGCUUAAGAUUCUCCAUAAACAGCUGUCCUCAGAACAAACAUGCAGCAAGGAGCAACUGCAGGAGAAAUGGAAGGGUCUGUGUCUACCCAUGGACCAGCUUGAGGCCCUGCUGUCGCUGGGCUACUUUGGCCCAGAUAUCGACUGGAUGGAGUUUUUCGCCCUGGGAUGCAGUGCUCUGGGAGGGACCCUCGUGAGUUCUCUGAAGUUUGCCUGUGAGAUCCUGACAGAGGAUGAGGAGGGCGGUGCUGCGAGGAUCCCGUUCAGCACCUUUGUCAAACUUUACACCUACCUGGCUCUACUGGAUGGGGACAUGCCACAGGAACACAUUGACAAGUUCCUCAGCAGCCUGCAGGCACAAGUGGAGCUCCAACAAGGGAUGAUAAAACCUCUGGAUUUUAUCCAUCGGGAUGAUAUGGACUCAGCUCCUCCUGAUUCAUCAAACUUUGCCAGAGCAACCUCAAGAGCUGAACGAGAGCUAUGAAAGACAGAAAUUAAAGCUGUAUGCGGAACAGUGAAAGCUGAACCAAAUCCUAAAAGAUCUGGUGGUGAGUGCAGGGUGUAGCAUGUGUUUGCUGGUGUGACUAGAAGAGUCAGCUUGAAAUGCCUACCACUACACUGUAUCUGGUGUAAGUAGAAUCACAGACUUUAUGCCAUUGACAUCCCCUUCCUCAAGGAUUUUGGUUUGCAACUCACUAUUAUUUUAAAGCUAAGUUUGGAUGAAACAAACCUCCGCUUCUAGCUGUGACAGGCACCUGUCAUUUAAGCAAACACCCCCAAAGCAUUUUUCUCUUUAAGCCUCAUUACUUCCUUAAUGGAACAAUGAUUUUAUAAUCCCCACUGUAGCGCAUGUUAGCGGAUGUCAAAUGAAUUCAUUCAGACCUGAAAAUAAUACAUAAUUACUAUGUAUUUCAAGAGAGAAGUUGGAGGAGUUUUUCCCACCGAAUUCAACACAUUCUGGUACUUGUUGGUGCCAGUAUCCUGCAGCCAUUAGAGGAACAGCAUUUUAAGACACCUCCGCAUUGGCUUCACCACUCUGCCUCACCAUUACAGCAAGGUUAUUUGUGUGUUUGUGUGUAAGAGGACAAUCUCUGCAAGAAGAGAAGAAUCACACUUUUAUUUUGCGGCGUUACUCAGUGCUGUCACACUUAACUCUUUUGCAAAGGGCCUCAUUCGCUUAACAGUAUAGAUUAUGUAAUUUUAUGUAAUGUUUUUGUCUAUUUAUUAUUGGAUUGUGUUUACUGUCUAACAAUGUUUGGGGGAUAUGCUAACAACAAUACAUGAAAUUGAUUUGUCCAGGCUAUAUUUGGGACCUGUUCUUACACACAUGAAAACAUAUCAUAAAAAGAGCUUAAUUAAGGGCCAUUGCUGACUGAUUAAAAUUAGUUAAUUACCACUUGUGGAUUGUUGAAUUUCUUCUAUUCAGCCGGCAGCAAAAGCUUUUUCUGUCCCUAGAUUGAAGUGUAGUUCUUAGCUUUUGAAUAGACAGUGUUGUCUGUCCCGGCCUCAUUAGCUGAUUAAGCAAUAAUAUGGAGAGUUUCCAAUCAAGCUAUUAAUAAUCAGACAUUAGGCCUUUGGUAUGAAGUGGAUAAACAACAUUUUAAGGCAAAUCUUAAGGCACAAGUGGCCCCGUUUAAAACCUGACAAACACUCACACGUUCUCUUUACCCUCACACACACACACAAACCUAAACAGUUCAGUGCUUGUGUCAAGAGGAGACUCAUAGGAGAUCUUUGUAUGGCACUCCUGCUUCAGGUAUGCCAUAGAAGAGACCAUGGUGUGUUGGGGUGUUUUGGCUGUUUGUGGUUUCAGGAGGAAAAAAUGAAUGAGGGACUGCAGGAGCUUGUCUAAACCUAGCAGCACCAAGGUCAUACGCUCAUUUGGUGCAUGUGGGAUGCAGGCAUAUACUGUAUGAGCUCUACUGAGAGAAAUGUAUUUACGAUCAACACAGGCCUUUUAUAUAAAGAGCCUUCCACACCACCGUCAUUUCUCAGUUUAAAGGGACAUUUGGGCGGUGGUGCAGAUGGCCAAAGACAUAUU